GUCCUUUGCCCACUCUCGCAACGAGACCAUGUCACGCGCGCGGGUUUCAAACUAACUGGCCGUUAACGAAAUACGUUUCGAAUUUAGAAUCGUUAACUUUUUAAACAAGUGUGUUUUGUUUUUUUUUUUAUUCAAAAAGGGCUGGGAUUUUUUUUCCGGCCAGCGUCGAAAGAUAACAAGUGAUAGUGAUAAGCGAUCGAUCUGUUUGCCUAAUACGUUUUCGGCAAAGUAAAAAGUGUAGUGCAGUGAUGCAUCGUGUGGGAACUUGGAUUCGGGUUCUGGCUUAAGCGAGAUUGCUGCGGCCGGUAUCUGUGGCCGGCGCCAUGGAGCACGCGCUUCAACAUCGCGAGCGCGUCGGCGUUCAGGAUUUUGUGCUGCUAGAGGACUAUCAGUCUGAGGCGGCCUUUAUUGACAACCUGAGGAAGAGGUUCCAUGAGAACAUUAUAUAUACUUACAUCGGCAACGUGCUGAUCUCCGUGAACCCUUACAAGAACCUGCCCAUCUACACCGAGGAGAAGAUCCAGCAGUAUUACAAGAAAGCCUUCUUUGAGGCACCUCCACAUGUGUUUGCGAUCGCCGACAAUGCCUACAGGUCACUUGUUUACGAACACAGGGAGCAAUGCAUACUGAUCUCAGGUGAAUCUGGAUCUGGAAAGACUGAAGCCUCAAAGAAAGUUCUAGAAUACAUCGCAGCCCGCACCAAGCACCUUCGGACCGUGGAGACGGUCAAGGACAAGCUAUUGCAGACCAAUCCUUUGCUGGAGGCCUUCGGCAACGCCAAGACUAAUAGAAAUGACAACUCCAGUCGUUUCGGAAAGUACAUGGAUAUACAGUUUAAUUAUGAAGGCGCUCCCGUUGGAGGCCACAUCCUCAACUAUCUGCUGGAGAAGUCGCGCGUGGUGAGCCAGAUGGCGGGCGAGAGGAACUUCCACGUGUUCUACCAGCUGCUGGCCGGCGCGGACCAGGACAUGAUGAACGCACUCCGCCUGCAGGGGAGGCCCGAGGCAUACAAGUUCUGCAACACUACGGAUUCGCACACGCAAGCUUCCAAGAUAAACGACGCCGACCAGUUCCGCACCAUCCGGGACGCUAUGAAAGUCAUCGAAAUCGGUGAGGCUGAGCAAGCCGAAAUCUUCCAGAUCGUGGCCAGCGUACUGCAUUUAGGAAAUGUGAAGUUUAUUCAGAAUGACAAGGGAAAUGCGGAGAUUUUGACCCAUGAUGCUAGCAGUGGGAAUGUUGCUGAGCUCCUCAAAGUGGAUCCCACCAAGCUCCGCUCAGUCCUCACCAGCCGAACGAUCGACGCACGCGGUGACGUUGUCAACACCCCACUUGACGUCGAGCAGGCUCAGUUCGCCAGGGACGCCCUCGCUAAAGCCAUCUAUGAUAAACACUUCAGCUGGCUUGUGAAGAGGCUGAAUGCCUCACUAGCUCCUGCCGAGUAUGGAGCUAGGGACUCUGUUAUUGGUAUCCUGGAUAUCUACGGAUUUGAAAUCUUCCCGAAGAACUGCUUCGAGCAGUUCUGCAUCAACUACUGCAACGAGAAGUUGCAGCAGCUGUUCAUCCAGCUGACCCUCAAGCAGGAGCAAGAAGAGUACCUCCGCGAGGGUAUCGAGUGGGAGCCAGUUGUCUACUUCAACAACAUUGUCAUCUGCGACCUUAUUGAAGCCCGUCACCAAGGUAUUAUCUCGAUCCUGGACGAUGAGUGCCUGCGGCCCGGAGACGCUACAGACGGCAGCUUCCUCGAGAAACUGAACCAGCGUUUGGACAAACACAAACACUACAAGGGCCAUAGCAAGGUCGACACCAAGACGCAGAAGCUGAUGGGACGAGAUGAGUUCUGCAUCGUCCACUACGCCGGUGAAGUGACGUACAGCGUGAAUACCUUCCUUGAGAAAAACAACGAUCUUCUGUUCCGAGACAUCCAGGCCCUCAUGGCUACUAGCGGGAACACCAUCGUCGAGCAAUGCUUCAAGGACGCCAACCUAACCAGCAAGAAGAGGCCCGAGACCGCCAUCACGCAGUUCAAGAACUCCCUCAACGACCUCAUCAAGAUUCUCAGCAGCAAGGAGCCGUCUUACAUCCGCUGCAUCAAGCCCAACGACUUCAAGAUGCCUAUGCAAAUGGACGAGAAGCUGAUCUCUCACCAAGUCAAAUACCUCGGUCUGAUGGAGAAUUUGCGCGUGCGACGCGCCGGCUUCGCCUACAGGCGUACUUACGAGGCCUUCCUCGAAAGGUACAAGUGCCUGUGCGCAGAGACGUGGCCGGUGUGGCGCGGGCCGGCGAGAGAAGGCGUGCAGAAGCUCGUUGAAGUCAUGAACUACGAGCGUGAGGAAUUCAGGAUGGGCAACACAAAAAUCUUCAUCCGCUUCCCGAAAACCCUCUUCGAAACCGAAGACGCAUACCAAAUCAAGAAGAACGACAUUGCCACCAUUAUUCAAAGCCGUUGGCGCGGAUACUGGCAACGCAAGCGGUACCUUAGGAUGAGGGCAGCCGCCAUUGUCAUACAAAAGUGGGUGCGAAGGUUCCUGGCUCAGAGACUACUGGCUAGGAGAAAGAAGGCUGCUGAAGUCAUCAGGGCUUUCAUCAAAGGUUUCAUCACCCGCAAUGGUCCCGAGACGCCGGAGAACCGCCGGUUCCUGGGGAUCGCGAAGGUGCAUUGGCUGAAACGACUCGCCACCAGACUGCCCACCAAGAUCCUGGACCUUAGCUGGCCCGUUCCACCCGCCACUUGCCAGGAGGCCUCCAAAGAGUUGCAGAGGUUGCACCGCGCAGUUCUCUCCCGCAGGUACCGCCUGGCGCUUUCGCCAGAGGACAAGAAACAGUUCGAGCUCAAGGUUCUCGCCGAGCAGAUGUUCAAGGGCAAGAAGAACAGCUAUCCAGCCAGCGUGCGCCAUCGCUUCGUAACGGACCGCCUCUCCAGCGAGCUGCAAGUCCUCAGAGGAACCUUCAUGGCUUCAGCUGCCUGGCCCACGGGAGAGAAGCUCAUCUAUUCCAGCGAAGCCAUAAAAUACGACCGACGAGGCUACAAACCCCGCGAGCGCGCGCUUCUCGCCUCCGACAAGGCUCUAUACGUCCUCGACGCCGCUGGAAGGAAAAGCUUCAAGCUGAAACACCGGCUGCCACUCGACAAACUGAGGGUCAUCGUCACCAAUGAGACGGAUAGCUUGGUGUUGAUCAAGAUUCCACAGGAACUGAAGAAAGACAAGGGUGACCUGAUCAUCUCGGUGCCGCAGCUGAUCGAGGCGCUGACCAUCGUCACCGACUACACUAAGAAGCCGGAGCUCAUCGAAAUCGUUGACACUAGGACCAUCGCGCACAACCUGGUGAACGGCAAACAGGGCGGCACCAUCGAGGUUAUCAACGGGCCACAGCCAGCCAUCCAGCGCGCCAAGAGCGGCAACCUGCUCGUGGUGGCCACUCCAUAAAGCACCGACCAGUAUUGAGAUUAUUAAGAACAACGACUCUUCCUCUUUUAUAUUUUAUAGUAAUAAUUUAUUCUUCGUCUAUCCCUCGUUAUUUAUAUCUAAACGUCACAGAAACGAGAAAUUUAAAAGACUUAAUUUACAUGAAAAAUUGUAAAACCAUAAAGUCAUCCGAAAGUGCCUUUUUAUGAAUGUGGCAGCGCCAUUUUUUACUGUAAAAUGUUAUAAGUAGUAGAUUUUCCUCAAUUACUCCAAAAAUUAAAUUUCAUCAAAUACUUAUCAAUAAAAUUUUGAAUCCAAUUAUGUAAUUAUGUGUAAAAUAUUUUUUAUCCUAUAUUUAUUUAAAAUCAAUGUUGAAACUUAUUAUUAUUUAUCGAAGUUUUACAUUUUGCAAGUGAUUAAUUGAUUAUAUUUAAACCAUAAAACUAAAUAAUUAGUAGGCAUAUGUAGGUCAAAAAAAUCAACAAAUACAAUGUUGACAACUUUCCUUCCUCUUUUUAGAAGAGUUAUUAGAAACGGUGUUCUAAAAAUGAAUGUAGGAAACAAAAACUGAUCGAUAUGUAGGAUAUUCGCCUUUGUUCCUACGGCAACUAGGUCAGAAAAUCCUUAUUAGGUAUAUUUCAUACCUAUGUAUAUCUGAAUAAGUCACUUGCAGAAUGUAAAGUUUUUAUUAUUAUUAUUUACUUUUAAAUCGCAUUGUUUUCUGUUAUAAUGCUAUUAUACGAAUAAAGUUUUUGUAUGGAGGUAAUUUCUAACAUAUUUAAUGUUUACAAAUAUUUAUAUUUGAUAGUGAGAUAAUUUUAUAAAUCUACGUACAAAGUACUUAAGUUAACUUUUUAUAUGCCAUACACUAGCUACGUAAGGAUCGCAAAAUGUGUCAAAAGAUUAUGAACUUACUGAUAUUUAUUUUCAAUUAAAAUUCAACCUUAAAUCUUAACCUCUACGACACAUUUUGCUCUGUUGAGAUGUAAGCUGAAUCAAAGGUGCCUAUAUCUUGUAGUUAAAAUUUUCUACUAACUGGCACUCUUAAAUUCUUUACGCACCUGUAUUGAAAAUAAGAACUGAAACCGACACACGUUUUAAAUCCUUGUGCAGCCAAAAACUCUAACUCGUGUUAAUCGAUGUCACAGAGUGGCAAAAAAAGAGUAGAAACGAAAUUUUUUUUUUAUCACAGCAACACUUCCUGUUCUCAUACAAAAGUGAUUCAAUAGUUGCCACAUACAGAACGGUUUACAUAGACGGUGGCGCCCCUAUUAAUUUCUACUCUAUCUUGCCAGACUGUACCGCCUACCGACAACUGCAUCUGAGGUUGAAAGAGUACAUUAAGCUUGAGUGUAGAGGAUGCUUAAGGUUUAAGGUACUAGACCAUCAUGAAGUUAAAUUACUUCUAAAACUGUACUUCUACUGUUCGACUCGUGUAUGAUCGUGUGUCGGUUUCAUUUAAUUUUAUUUUAAGCCAUAGUUUGAAUGGUUACAGGCGAAAAUGUGCCUUAGAUGUUUAAGCCAGUGCCUUAACAGUCAUUUGAGUAAAUAAACGUAUUUUGGUAAA